AUGCGUACCAGACCUCCCUCACAACACAGACGACCGAGUCAAGAAGCCAUGAAUCUCCGUAAACUAUCUACCAUAUCUGAAGAUACCUUGACGCCUAUCAAUGAGCCAUUCCAAUUCGAUACUGCAGAUGUGAUGCUAGUAUCGUCAGAUGGAUUGGGAUUCAGAGUACAUACAAGUAAAUUGGGUAGAUGUAGCAGUAGAAUAUUUCGUACGGCCCUCCCACAGCCUAGUCCUUCUCUACCUACACCACCUUCCUCACCCACCUCCAAACUCGACCUACCUGAAAUUCACUUCGUUGAUCCUCAAUUGGAAAACGGCAUAACCCUCUCCUUAUUUCUUCAUCUGACUUACUCAUUACCACUGCCCGUACCUACCCUACCGGUUUAUUUCAAGGCUUACGAGACCCUAGUGGAUUUCCUGGUCAAGUGGGAAUGUGCAUUCCUCUAUCCAAUCUUAGGUAGUGCAGUGAAAGGUUGGGUAGAAGAUGGUUUGAUAUCUUCUUCGAAAGGGUUAAAAAUCGGGGAUAUACUGGGAAAUGAUAGGUUGAUGAUUGAAUCAAUUAAGAGGGGUGGGGAAUAUACGUGGACUGGGAAGGUUAUUGAGGAUCCGAAUAAGAAGAAGGACAAGGUCAGAUCAGCUCCAGAUGACGAGACGGGACAAUCCAGCUCCAAUCAUAAUUCAAAACCCAUCUGCUCGUCGUCUAAGGCGGAUCGGACUAGAUUUGAUAUAAUGCGCGAUGGUCUUCCGGGCGAAGCGAGUUUGGAUCUCACGGCUGUACCAUACGAGUAUUUCGUUUCUUUGUCCGAUGAUGUCAAAUUUUCCCUUCUCAGAGCAAGUCGAGUGGGUAGAAAGGAUAGACAAGACGUGGAUUGGGAGAAAGUUGCAGUGGAAUUUCAACGUGCACUGGGGGAGCUACGUGAGUGA